GAAAUCAGUGGUGCGCCGCUGUUGUUUGUAGCUGUGACGCUUUUCGUGUACCUUUGACGUGGCCACUACGUAUUCCACAGAAUUAUCCAGUCCGAUUGCGGCAAGUUUGGUGACGAAAAGUGCGUAACUGGUAAGUACUCCAUUGAGUAAUAUCAACAGAACAACAUGAAGUUCGGCACGAGCUAUGGACAUGGUCAACGACAGUGAAGUGACCCCAGGCCAACAGACUGACCUUGGAGACACAGGACAAAAUAUCUCAGUAGUUCACGUAGCUAUCCCUAACCAGGCUGUACAGGUGCAGUCAGUCAUACAGCCCACCAGUCAACCUUCUGUGAUUCACACGACACAUCAAGGCAACACAAUCCACGUGGUCACGGAAGACGAGUUUGAAGAGGCCGAGGGAAAGAAGAGAAGAGAAAUAUUAAACAGGCGUCCAUCAUACAGAAAAAUCCUGAACGAGCUGUCAUCAGACACGGGCGGCAUCAGCGGGAUGACGAAGAUCACGGAGGAGGACUCCAACAGCAGUCAGGAGGGUAUGGAAGCCGCGGACGGGGCUAGCAAUCUCAUAGUUCCCACCCAUACUAUCCAAAUAGCCUCCCAUGGUGACGGGAUACCACACACAGGUGUCCAGACACUGACCAUGUCCAACACUGGACUGGUCACCUCGCCAGGGGGAGCCACUAUUGUCCAGUAUGCACAGGGGCCAGAUGGACAGUUCUUUAUACCAGGUAAAGACUGUCAUCCAAAUUUCCUGUUACUGUUUUCUCCAAGAUUUUAUUGUUUUUUUUUUUCUAUAUCUGAGCAGAACUAAAGUUGGUUGUUGAGAUUUGUAUUAAAGAGUUUUGA